CAAAGUCGGCUGCUCCGAAAAUUGACCGCUAGCUGUCCUCGCCAGUUUUCCAUGAAAGGUCCCCCGCUUUAAUGGAGGGCACAGAAUAGGGUACGCGGAUCUGUGAGACGAAUAACGGCUCUGUUGGCAUGUAUCACCCAUUUUUCUAUCUUUAAUUUUACGACAGAUGAUGUCAAAGACGCGAAAACGGUAAGUAGCGCGGCAAAACUCUUCAAUAUCCCACAAAUCUCAGAUGAAAUCACGUACCUUCUCGAUACCGCGAUAAUGGCGUUCCUUCUCGACCAGUGCGAGACAAAUUUUAGUGGGUGACGGCUGCUGGCACAAGUAACGUCACAUCCGGUUACCAUAGCACAUCUGCUCCUUCGUGUUGCUAUGGCAACGACGCGCGUCAGUUGCCGACUUCGCGAUAUUGGCAAUGACAAAAGAUGCAAGCGGUGCGAGCACUUGCUUUUAUUGCAGCGAAGAUAUAUCUAAAUUUCUUCAAGAAAGACUCAAUCAGACUGAAUGCCACAUUGGGGAAUUAUGCUGUCAACUGAGCCACUACAGCCGAAAAGCGGCCAGUCUAAGGAAUGCUGGCGACAACCUGGCCACUGCGCUUCUGAAUUAUUCUCAGGAAGAAGUUCUGAAUCCCUCACUUAAAACGGCGCUAGCAAACACCGCAGAGGUCGUCGCAAUGGAGCAGGACUUCCGCAAUACCCUGGUACACCGUGUUCAUAAGAAUGUGGUUUAUGAACUGUCACAUUAUGGAAAGAUUUGCAAAGCAGCAAAGGAUGAACUGAAAAGUAAUCUCGAUAUUCACAUCAAAGAACUGACAAAAAAGGAGAAGUUAGAAAAGUUGCAUGCAGAGAGUACAUCUAAUGUCAGAGAGACUGCCGUGGACGAAAAACUUUUCAAGGCUACAACAGAAGAAAAAAGGUCCAGGCAGAAACUUGAAAGGCAAAUGGAGACAUUUGAACGCAGGAAACUGUCUGACAUUAAGAGGAUACUUCUUGAAUACAUAACAGCAGAGAUGGUGUUCCACAGCAAGGCAUUAGAAGGGCUCAGUACCGCUCACCAACACAUCAUCAGCAUCAGCGUGAUGAACGAUCUACAGAGUUUUCUUGGUGUUCUGAAGAAUGGAAACCAACGUGAAUUGCUCAAACUCAAAGACAGUGCUCAGGAAACAGAAUACACAGAGAAGCACAGAAGGGAAAUCGCGGGUUCUGUACCUGCACUUGUGACCACGACAACAAGAACCCCUAAGCCUGCUGAGCGGCUUUCAGUGUCACAGACGUGCCUGACAGAUGACACUGAGUAUGGCAGUCAUGCAUACAUGCACUGUAUGGACCCUGAAAGUGACAGUGAUGACAGCCAGAUUGACAGCAAUAAAAACAGCUGUGAGGAGGAGUAGGUUGUGCAUCAGAAACAGAAGUAUAAAGGGAGGUAACGAUCCUCAGUACUGAACAUAAGUUUUGGUUGUAUGAUGUUGUGGAGCAUUGCAGUUUUUUUUCUUCUUCUUCUUUUUUAUUUUUUUUCAACAAUCACUUUUGAAUGCUUUGAUGGUCCGGCAAGGCAUGUACCCCUGCAUUACAUUAAAAAUCUUGCCAAAACAGGACAAUAA